GGCGACGGUGACAACGAGGACGACGACGAGGGCGAGAGAAGCGCGAGAGAAACGAGGAGAGGAGCGAGAUUUUCGGGUCGGCUUCCUGCGGACCUCCACUCUGCUCCGCGUUGAACGAAGCAGAGUAGUCACGCUCGGUGAGCCUCGAGGCUCAGGCACGAGUGUGCGUUACGCCGGCGGCAGUCAGUCUCCGGGUGAGCGCGUCAACACCGCGCGGAUUUGAACGACUACCCGGUGCUAUGAUCUAGAUGGCGAGAAUUGUCUGAUAUAACUUGGAUUAGCGGCGUCGGGAGUGCGAUCGAUUAGGAUUGACUGCCAGUUCUCAACGAUACCUACCACCGUCCGUCUCUGUCCGUCACGUCGAACUCGUUCGCGCAUACAUCUCGGGGGAACCGAUAGCACGAGACCUUCCAGAGACUCCUGUCUGUGAGUGAAAUGCAGCUUCGACUAUGAUACAACUUUGGAGGAGGGAAUAUCACAUCGGUGCAAGCGUAUGGAAGAGAGAUCUCCGGCGCGAUUCCCCGUGCGAAUGUUGAGUGCUGGAGUCGAGCGAGGCAAUACAAAUACGGCGCAGAGAGGGAAGAGAGAGAGAAAAAAUAACUGAAAUAUAUCCGGGGGACGGAGCCAGAUAGGAGGAAGUAAAGGAGGGAAGCCGAAGGAACACAAUUAAACAAACGCCGGGUGAUCAGGCGAACUAUAAACGGAGCCCACGGGAAAUCGUCGCCGUCCACGCGGAAAGAAGAGGGGAUCGUCAUCUGUCGGGUUGCUCUUCGCUCAAAUUCGAGUUCAGGUAGUCUCGAAAUGGCCGGAGUAGCUCCGUUUUUCGGCAACCUCUCCUCGAAUGUCACGAGCAGACUCGCCCUGGAACGCGGCGGUCGCUGCAAGGGGGGUCACAGAGGGAUGUGGCAUUUAAUCUUCUUCUUAAUCAGCGCUGCGAUGGCCGGUGAAUCCGGACAGGAGCCGGAGUUCUCCGAGCCGCCAGUCGAGAUCUCACCGUUGCCUUACGAAGAGACAUUUCCGACUCCGCUUCCCGGUCUGCUGUAUCCCAGAGAAAGUGAAUCCCGAGAGGUGAGAUCACUCGACGGAUUAUGGGACUUUGUUGUGUCUCCUGUGGGAGACGCGCUGAAGGGUUACAGAGAAGGAUGGUUUGCCGACGAUUUAUCAAAGGUCGGCGAGAUGAUCAAGAUGCCGGUACCGUCAUCCUACAAUGACAUCACGACGUCACGGGAUCUCAGGGAUCAUGUCGGCGCUGUGUGGUACCAGAGGACAUUUUUCGUACCUUUCUCUUGGAAGGAUCAACGGGUAUUCGUGAGAUUCGGGUCGGUUAAUUAUCUCGCCCAAGUGUGGAUAAACAACAACCUGGUGACUAACCACGAGAUGGGCCAUCUGCCCUUCGAAGCGGAGAUCUCGUCGUAUGUGAUCUUCGGCGGCAAGAAUCGCAUCACUGUCGCCGUGGAUAAUACCCUGCUGCAGACCAGUGUUCCUCAGGGUAAGAUCCUGGAGGCGCCCACCGAAAACGGCACCGUGCACCUGCAGACCUAUACCUUUGAUUUCUUCAACUACGCCGGUAUACACAGGCCCGUUUUAUUGUACACCGCGCCGCGCGUUUACGUCGAGGACAUCACGGUGAGGACGAGCCUGAUCGGUGACAUGGGAAUCGUCAAGUACAUCAUACAACCGGCCGGAUUGCGCGAAGGGGAGACACCGAUCUGCAGUGUCACGUUGCACGACGCCGAGGACACUUUGGCUAUCAAGGAGCCUGUCUACGGCCUGUCCGGCACCUUGAAGGUCCCACUCGCCAGGCUCUGGUGGCCCAGGGGCAUGGACCCCAAGCCGGGAUACCUUUACACUUUGGAAGUAAAGCUGUCAGUGGCAAAUGCCACUGCCAAGCCGGAUAUCUACCGAUUGCCAAUCGGCAUCAGGACCCUCAUGUGGACCAACACGAGUCUUCUGCUGAACGAUCGGCCAGUAUACAUGCGUGGUUUCGGCAGACACGAAGAUUCAGCCAUCAGAGGACGCGGCUUUGACUUCGUGACUGCUGUCAGGGAUCACGAGCUGCUUCAAUGGAUAGGCGCUAACGCUUACAGAACCAGCCACUAUCCUUACAGCGACGAAGUCCUCGACAUAGCCGACAGACUCGGCUUUCUCGUGAUUGACGAGUGCCCGUCAGUCGACACGGAGAAUUUCUCGCCGCCCUUACUCUCACGUCACAAGGAUUCGCUAUCAGAGCUCAUCCGUAGAGACAAGAAUCGGCCGUCAGUGAUCAUGUGGUCCUUGGCCAACGAACCGAGGACCCAGCUACCUCAGGCGAAGGAGUACUUCAAGCAGAUCGCUCACCACACAAAAGCAGUUGACCCAACCAGGCCGGUUACUAUCGCUCUGGCUCGAGGAGUGCAGGAAGACAAGGCUGGUCAGUUUCUCGACGUGAUCAGCUUUAAUCGUUACAACGCUUGGUACAGCAAUGCCGGCAGACUAGACAUGAUUACUGACAGGGUUCAAGGGGAAGCCGAGGCCUGGCACAGGAAAUAUAACAAGCCGGUGCUCAUAUCAGAAUACGGAGCUGACACUAUGCCGGGCUUGCACGAGCUACCGGAAUACGUAUGGAGCGAAGAGUACCAGAAAGAAUUAUUGUCUAGACAUUUCGAAGCCUUCGAUCGAUUGCGAUACGACGGCUUCUUUAUCGGCGAAUUUAUUUGGAAUUUCGCUGAUUUCCGCACCGCGCAAUCGUAUACCAGAGUGGGCGGAAAUAAAAAAGGGAUCUUCACGAGGGACAGACAACCGAAAAUGGCAGCACACCACGUUAGGAGGAGAUAUCACGCUCUCGAGGCUGAACUGGACCGCGCACAAAUACCAAAAGACGUCGAAAGUUACGUUUCAUCCUACUACUUUCAACAUUCAGAGCUUUAAUCACAAGAAAAAAAAAAAAA